AAUCAAAUUUGCUUCAGCACAGUCGCGAAUCCGAAGAAAAAAACUCCAACGAUAUUUUCUAAAAAUCAUGAGUCAUCAAUCUAUUAAAUUGCUUAUUUUACUCAGUUUUUCUUUUCAUUUUGUUGAACUUCAACUGGUUCCCUUUUCCGAUCCCGAAUCUCUGGCAGAGAACGAGAUAUUUUACCCAGAGUUGGAGGACCACUUGGAUUGGAGUCAGGCCAACUGGAAGCUGGUGAUCCCGUGGCUAAUGGAACGCCAGCAGCUGCGUUUUUGCUUUGCGUUGGCCAAAUUUGAUGAGCGACUGGUGCCCGGAACAGCCUGCCAGGCCAUUUUGGCCAACGGGCCGCCAAUGGCCAACUGCGACAUUGGCAACAUCGAGGAUCUGACCAUGACCAUGCGAUAUGCCUUCGGGGGAAUCCUGCUCGAUACGUCGAGAAAGUGCCGACCAGGAUUGGUCCUUUUUGGAGUUCGCUGCAGGCGAAUGGCGUAGUUGAGAGAAAGCCUUUGGCAAGGUUUUAUUAUUUUAAAAAUUGGUAUUCAAUUUGACCAUUAAAGCAGAAAACUUUAUAAUGUUUAAA